CUUCUGAAAUUUCCAAAAACUUUUUACUGGUACCAAUACUUUCCCUCUCCAAAUAGUAAGUAACUAAAAGAAAAGAAAAAGUUACAAAAACGAACGAAAGAAAAACCAUCGGAAAAUUUCGUAACCCUUUGAAAAACCCAGUGAAAGUAAUUGUUUCCCAACGUUAUUCAUCAUCAUUACAGAGUUAAGUCAGUUGGUAGCAAUGGAGAAAGGGAAAAGCAACACCAAGAAGAACAAGUCAUCAUCUUCAACUGCCAUGACUCUCGACCAAUUCGUUUCCACUAUGGCCCCUUUACUAGAUUUGGAAAAGGAAGCUGAAAUAUCACUUUCCAUGAGCUCAGCUGAGACGAGGAGUUUGGAUUCUGCUCAGAAGAAGGGCUCCACUAUUCUUAAUUUGAAGUGUGCUGAUAUCCAGACAGGGCUAAUGGGCAAGACACUGAUGGAGCUUCAAUCAACCAAAGGGGAUAUUCUUCCGCCUCACAAGUUUGGCACUCAUGACGUUGUUGUUCUGAAACCAAACAAAGCUGAUUUAGGCUCCCCUGCACUUGGACAGGGGGUUGUCUACAGGCUAAAGGACUCAUCUAUUACUGUUGCUUUUGAUGAUGUCCCGGAAGAGGGUCUGAAUAAUCCUUUACGCCUUGAGAAGUUGGCAAAUGAGAAAGAUGCCAUCUCAAAGGCGCUUUCAUCCAAGAACGUAAUUUUGCUGCAUGGGCCUCCUGGAACUGGGAAGACAACUACUGUUGUUGAGAUUAUUUUGCAGGAAGCGAAACGUGGUUCAAAGAUCCUUGCUUGUGCUGCUUCAAAUAUUGCUGUUGAUAACAUUGUUGAGAGACUUGUUCCACACAGAGUGAAGUUGGUGAGAUUGGGACAUCCGGCACGUAUGCUCCCACAAGUACUGGAUAGCGCUCUUGAUGCCCAGGUCCUACGUGGUGAUAAUAGUGCUCUUGCAAAUGACAUCCGCAAGGAGAUGAAGACAUUGAAUGGAAAGUUAUUAAAAGCUAAAGAUAGAAAUGCAAAGAGAGAUAUCAGGAGGGAGCUCAAGGCUCUUUCAAAAGAAGAGCGUAAAAGGCAGCAGCUAGCAGUAACAGAUGUUCUUAAGAAUGCAGAUGUAGUCCUGACAACAUUGACUGGGGCAUUGUCCAAGAAGUUGGACGGCAUGUCAUAUGAUUUGGUUAUUAUUGAUGAAGCUGCUCAGGCAUUGGAAAUAGCAUGCUGGAUUGCUUUAUUGAAGGGAUCAAGGUGUAUAUUGGCUGGAGAUCAUCUCCAGCUUCCUCCAACCAUUCAAAGUGUAGAAGCUGAGAAGAAAGGACUGGGAAAGACGCUUUUUGAACGUUUAGCAGAUUUAUAUGGAGAUGAAAUCACGUCUAUGCUCACUGUUCAGUACCGCAUGCAUGAACUGAUUAUGAACUGGUCAUCCGGAGAGCUGUAUGAUAAUAAGAUUGAAGCCCAUUCAAGUGUUGCUAGCCAUAUGUUAUAUCACCUUGAGGAUGUGAAGAAAACACCUUCCACUGAAUCAACCCUUCUGCUCAUAGACAUAGCUGGGUGUGACAUGGAAGACAAAAAGGAUGAGGAAGAUAGCACAUUGAAUGAAGGUGAAGCUGAGGUUGCCAUUGCCCAUGCAAAGAGACUAGUCGAAAGCGGAGUCCGAGCUUCUGAUAUUGGAUUAAUCACUCCUUAUGCAGCACAGGUUGUUUUCUUGAAAAAGCUCAAAAGCAAUGAAGACAAAUUAAAAGAAAUGGAGAUCUCAACUGUUGAUGGUUUCCAGGGUCGAGAAAAAGAAGCCAUUAUCAUUUCUAUGGUCCGAUCAAACUCAAAGAAAGAGGUGGGAUUUCUUAGUGACAGAAGGAGAAUGAAUGUUGCUGUUACACGAGCAAGGAGACAGUGCUGUCUUGUAUGUGAUACUGAGACAGUCAGUGGUGAUAAAUUCUUGAAGAGGUUGAUUGAGUACUUUGAGGAGCAUGGUGAAUAUUUGAGUGCUUCGGAGUAUGGAAAUUAAUAGUGUUCUGCAGUUGGAAGCAUCAUUAUUAGUUGCCUCUUUUCAGUGCUGCAAACAGUCAAGAGAGAGCUCCAAAAACUGUUGCUGCUUAUAAUUUGUAGCUGUAGGUUAUAAUCCGGGAGCAGGCAAACGGACAUGAAAUAUCUAUAUCACUUUUCUUGUACGCUCUGCUGGCUAUGUAGGUUGGAUGCAGUAUCAUGGAAAUCUCAUUUUUUAUGUGAGGCAAAUUUUGACUUGACAAUGUACUAUGUGGUUGUACAUUCACUGAUAUAACUUUAUUGUGGGAGAAAAGUGAUGAGCACUGAUGUACUUUAUGUGUUUAUAAUCUUUGGAAAUAUCAAGGGGCAUGUCAAUGCAUUUCGUGAAGAAG